GGGAGGAGACGGAUGGCGGAUGGAUGCGAAGGCUGAGGCCCGGUCUGGAUCGGGGCAGCGCGGCGCUCCGCGGGCCGGCCCGGUGCCGUGCGGGGCUGGGCGGCUCCUGGCCGGGCUGCUCGUGGUACUGCUGUCCUCCGCGCCCGCUCAGCCCCUCGGGGCGGCCGCCUGGUGCCCCACGCAGGGACACGGGGUGCCGGGCCCACCCCGGGGGCACUGCGGGAGGACGGCGGCUGGGGUAGUUGUUUAGCUGUCUGAAACUGCACCAGCGUAGUUCUGUGUGGUGAAUACCAGCGAACAUCUGGUGGUGGAUGGAGGGCGUCACAAACUGUUAUCUACAGGCUGCCCUGGGAAGUGGUGGAGUACUGUAUGGGGGAGUUCGGGAAGAGGAUGUAUGUCACACUGAGUGACAUGGGCUACAUCGGUCACAGCAUGGGUCGAUGGCUGAACUAGAUGAUCUUCAUGGUUCUGUGAUUCUGUCUUGUCUUUUGGUUAUAAAAACUUCAUAGACAGGAAACAGUAGGGCUUGGAAAUGAAGAAAACAAAUCCAAAACUUGUUUUUCCACCAUAAAAACAAUGCAAAAUGUAUGGAAAUGCAUGCUGGUAAUUUGGCUGCAUUCAGUUAAUUACUUGUGAAGCGUGAUGGCAGCACUGUCCCAUAAGGUUGGUGCUGGGUUCUGCCUGCUCAUGUGAAGCUCCUCAUGGUGCCCUCUGGUAUCAUGGAAGUUUUCUGCAAUUGACUGGAAGAAAAGAGAUGAAUAUUCAGAUUCAGUUUUCCAGAGUAGGGUAUUGAGAAGAGCAGAAUAAGACAAAGGAAAACAAGGAGCAGGGAGUGUUGCGGUGUCAUUCCUAGUUGAUGCAAAUGAGCACAAAAACACGGUAGAUUUUGUGCAUGAACUGUUGUAAAACCACAGAUGAAUGAAUGCCUGGAGUCUCUGGAAAUCCUGAGUCAUUUGUACACUAAUUGCCUAGGCAGCAGGCUUAGGUAACGAGCCGCCUUUGCUGCACUCAUUUAUGCAUGCUUAGACUGCUGUUUGUCUGCUUUUGUUACGGGCUUGUUUACAAAGAAGCAGUUGACAUUUAGCGUUCACCCCAUAUAUUGCAGAAGAGUCAUGUUUAGGAUUUGCAUUUGUGAACAGGAUUUAUGUUAACACUUAACAGACCAUCCUUCUGUGUUCUUGUAUUUUCAUCUGUGAUGAAAAUAGUGUCAUUACAGCCAUUUACUGCACUGGUACACAUUUUGUCAAUGCAGACAGACUGUUCUAGAAAUAUCUGGCAAAGGCUAAUACUGUUUUAGUGUUAUUUCUACUGCUGUAUAUCCAUACGCAUAUAUGACAAAUUCAUGUAUGUAUUUGUAUGGAUAAAUCACCACCAGAAAAAAAAAUUGUUUAAGAUUUCUGUUGAAGUUUUGUGUUGUUUUGGUACUUUUGAGUAGUCAGAAUUCAGGGGCCUCUAGGCUGUUCAACUAAUGAGAGGAAAGUAGUGCUGGAGUGAGAGAUGCAAUAAUUUAGUUAUGCAGGAGGACCUGUACAACUGGGUGGUUGGAGUUAUGUAAAUAGUGCCCAACGAAGAGCUCGGUGCCUGGUGUGUCCCAGAGCUGCAUCCGAGGGCUCAGAGAGCUGCAUGUGCUUAUUUUCUGCUUAAAAAUGCUGAGAUGUCUUACAUUUUCUGUGAUGUUGAGGGAAGGUGCCCUGUCUGAAGUGAGAACUGUUUUCACACAAGGUUAACAGGCACUGCAGCUGUGGCAAUAAUCGAGAUGAUUAAUUUCUCAAGCAGGUUAUUACAGAUGAUCCGUGGCUUCAAAAAGAGAUGAAUUGUCUGCGGAUGACAGCACUGCAGUUGCCUGUGGUGGUUCAAGCAAGUGAAGUCCCUGAUCUGAUCUUGACUUCUGCAGCCUCGGAAGAUCAGUGGAGCCAUUCGAUAUUUGCUCUGAUAUCCUCAUGGACAAGGAAGAUUUUGUUCAAACGAGAGUCUUCUGUUAACCACCAGCUGUCUUUUCCCCUUCCACCACAGCCUGAAGAUGUGUCCAACUUGUCAGCAUCCUCUGGAUUUGGAAUAACCCUUCAGAAAUGUGCUGUGGUGGAUGUUGAACAUGACCCUCAAACUGCAUACAUUAGACUUCUGAUUAAUAACACCAACUCACUGCUCUCAAGAAACAUUACUGAUCUUAUCCUUCUGGACAAUAUCACCGGUCUACAUGUUCAAAAAGAUAGUGGUAAUGAGACAAGAGAUGGGAUGCAAAUUUACAGGAAAAGAUUCUUGCAAGUUGGGGAAUAUUUUGCAAUCAACUACACUGCACUUCUUGAUGCAAAGAAAACGUGGAAAGGUAGGGUCUUGACACUGCCUGCACAGCUGACUUUCAGGAGUUCAUCACAGAAUCAAACAGAUCUUGUAUCAUUGACCACAUUGUUCACAAUAACUGAAGAAGAAAAGACCGAGGUCUCCUACAGCCAUGCCAUCCAUGCUUCAGGGUUCUUCAUUGCUUUUUUUGUUUCCCUGGUAUUGACAUGUGCUGUUUUCUUCAUUCUUUACCGAACCCAAUUAUUAAGAUGGAGUUUCUAUAGUGAAAACCAGGAAAUACAACAUGAACUCAGUCAAAAUCACAAACUGGAGCAUUCUCAGUUCAGUUCAGGUGACCUCUUCAGUGAAGGUGUUAUUAUGAAUGACCAAAUCAUUGAUAUACUGACCUUUGAAGAGUCGGGGAAUAUGCUUCAGGCUUUAGAAGACUUGGAGGUUGCCAGUCUGACUCGGGCAGAUGCUGAUUUGGAGGCAUAUCGAAUGCAGAUCUGUAAAGAAGUGAUUGCUAUAAUGAUGAAGAACAUGGUUUUAAGUCACAGCCUCAUUCCGCAUGUGGAGAAGAGGAUGAGUUCAAUUUUCAAAAAGCAGUUUCUUACAAUGGAGAGAGAGUUUCAGGAAGAGUACGAAAGGAAGGUUGUGGCUUUAACAGCUGAAUGUAAUCUGGAAACAAGGAAGAAGAUGGAGGCUCAACGCCAGAAAGAGAGAGCUGCAAAUGAAGAGGCUGAAGAGUUAAUAAGGAAAGUGAAUGAAAUGCCUGCUGUAGAAUACAAAAGUCUUUUGGAUAGACUUCACAGUCUGGAGCAGGACCAUCUGAAGAGGUUCCUUCUUGUAAAGCAAGAGGAAUAUUUUGCAAAGGCUUACAGACAGCUGGCUGUUUCCCAGAGAAAAGAGCUCCAUAACAUCUUCUUUACACAGAUAACAAAUGCUACUUUCAAGGGAGAACUGAAACUGGAAAUAGCAAAAUCAUUAGUGGAAGAUUACUCUAAAAUACAGGGAGACAUUGAAGAGCUAAUGGAUUUUUUGCAAGCCAGCAAGAAGUAUCACCUGAACAGAAGAUUUGCUUACAGAGAAUAUCUUAUAAAAAAGAUACAGUUAAGGGAUUCUCAGGCCUCUGCUCUUAUAAAUGCAGCAGCAACUCAGAUAUUGAAUCUCAUUAAUAAGAUGGAAAGGGCGGGUCAUCUACAUGAAAGUCAUUUGGGAAUGCUGCUGGACCGAGCUGAGGCUGAAAUUAAUUCUGUUAAACAAAAAUUCAAUCAUGAUUUAAAACAAGAAAAGCAAAAGCUUCAGCAGAAACUCAUUACCAAGCGAAAGUGGAAAAUGUUGCAAAAGAAAGAGCAUUGGAAGGAGCAGCUGUCCAUAGGGAACCCCUUCAAAACCUCAAGGGAGAUCACUGACUACCUGAGCCACUGGAAAACUGUUCUGAGUGAUCAUGCCAUUGAAUUUGAAGAACUUACUGAAAAGCUGGAUAAUGAAGGCAGUGAAGAGCUGAGAGACCUUAUAUUUAAUCUAGCAGAGAAAACUGUUGAAGAACUUAAACUUGUUCAAUAUGGAGUAUUUGUGCAAGAACUGAUAAAGCUCAGUGUGCCAAAGAUGUUCCUGCUGGAAGUUGUAGAGGAGCAUAAAAAAGAAUUCAUUGUUAAACAUGAACACCUUGAAAGGGAAGAACGUGAAAAGAGCAUGGCUGCUGAAGAGUUGCUUCAGCUCACCAGGCAAAAACUAAGCCAAGAGCUGGAAAGUAGUCUUUCACAACAGAAAAAAUUAAGGAACUGGGAACAAUCAGUAUUCAUGCAGCUUCUAACUUUGCCCCUUUCACUGUCUGAAGAGGAAUUGCUCAAAAUGAGGCAAGAGUUCCACUGCUGCUUUUCACAGCUGGACAGCAGUUUGGCUCUGCCCAAGAUAAGAGCAAGAGCUUUACUUCAGGCUUUUGAGCUGGAGUGGAGGGAUGCGCAGCUGCUGAAAGUCAGUCAGAAUCUAGCAAUGACCAAUAAGCAGCCACAUUCUAAAACGAAAAAAACAGGAUCCAAGAAUCGAAAUAAGAUUGAUGUUUUGAAGAAAUCUUUACAGGACAAAAUUUUCAUUUAUGAAGACUCAGUGAAAGUUGAAAACUUGACUAAGGUCAAUUAUGAGUUGCUACUUGAGAAAGACUGUCAGAUACAUGAUCUGGAAAAUAAACUUGGAGAAUAUAUUGCUUCUUUAGAGUUUCAAAAGAGUGUUAAAAAAUGCAAAAUGUUGGAGCUCUAUGCAGCAGUCAUAAGUGUGCAAGGUUUGCUCUUGGAAAACCUGAGCAUGUCAAAAACGCUGUCAAAAUCGGAAUGUAUUCAGAUUUUAGAAGCUCAUAAUCCGGAGAUUGAAGAACUUGACAGGAAGCUGGAGUAUGAAAUGCUGCAUAAAGAGUCAGCACAACAGCAGCAACAUCUAAUGAAUAAGCAGAGGUGGACACCGGAUGGAUUGAGACCUUCAAGUGAAGUCGUAGAAACAAAUGUAGACAGACAGGUGACAUUUCUGCUAAGACAGGCCAUGAAUAGAUGUAUGCAGUUUAUAAAUCUGCACCGGCAAAGCUUGAGAGAUGAGCAAUGGAAUUGUAUGGUGCUUGAAGAUCUCUUGGAAAAUAUAGAAAUGGAUGCAUUUUUGGCACUUUAUAGUCAGGAGCUCCGACUGGCAGGUUAUUUAGCCAGAUUGACAAGGGUACCAAUGGGGAUGUUGCACAGGAUUCUGAAUUUGUUGCUGCCUUCCAGUUCGCAAAGUGAGGUUCUUUCUAUCCUUGAUUCCAUUGGUGUAUAUUCAGAUGGUGCUGCUGAGAGUGAUAGUAAUGCAGAUGAGUCUGGCAGCUGUAAAAAAAGGAGGAACCAAGAGUGUUGGCAAGCAUUGGAGUACAAAGUAAGGGAAGAUCUGAUAAGCAAAAGCUUGGAAAGGAUCCUUUCUCUGAACAGGAGAAAAGACAGCUUGAUAAAGAAGAAGCAACUUGCCCUUCUGGAAAGACCAUCAUUCAUUCACCUUGAAAGUUUGCCUACACGUCCUCCUGUGGAACGGUCCACUCCACAUGUUUCUUUUAACAGUGUGACAGCUGAAGCCAUAGAGGUAUUAGACACAGGGGAAAAGAUAUUUUUGUUUCGUGACCGGAGUGAUCCAACACUUUCUUUUCAUAACUAUCCGAGAAAAAAGAAGAAGAACUUUCUUAAUUCCAAAAAGGCUGCUCGUGCAAAUAUCAACUAAUGAGGGAGACCUCCAGUUGAAGAAUCAACUGGGGAAGAGGAAGUUAUUUAAAAAUCAGAAGAAUAAUGAGAAAUAAUGAAGUAUGCAGUUUGAAUAGCACUUGGAUUGUUUUAAUAGCAUUUUUCUGAUAUUGCAAAUGGCUGUAGUUUUAUACUGCCACACUUCACAGUGAGCGUUAUGCAUUUUGUACUUCUUGAUAGUGUAGGAUGCAAGAGGUGGAAUAUGUUGGGUGUUUUGUGAUAUGCAUUCUGACAGACACGACUCUGUGUUUCUUCAGUACAUUUUGGUCAUUUUUGCACUGAUUUUACUGUAGCUCUAUCUUCAUAAUUUAUAUCAAUUUAUUUAUUAUAUAAAGCAGGUACUGAUUUACUCUUCUUGUAUUUAUAUAUUCUUGUAACAAGCUGUGGUUUAGCAGAUGACAUGAAGAGAUACAGCUCACGAGUCUUCUGCUCUCUGUUUUUCUGUUAGUCUAGCUAAUUUACUCUAUAAUCUUGUGUUGUUAAUGAGCUUUGAGUUUUACUCCUACUGUCUGUGUUCUCUGGUGAUAGCUGGUGGUUUAGAUCUUCAACAUACACGCUUAGUUUUAUGUCUAGGAGUAGUUUCACAUUUCACUAUUGUUUAUAAACUUAAUUCAGUAGAGCAAAGAAUGUUGCUUCAGUUCAAAACAUAAGGUUUAAAUCUUAAAUAUUUGUAACCUGUUGCAGUUAUUUUCUUGGUGAGGCAAUACCAUAUAUGUCAGUAGAAAUGGGAAAAUGGCAAAUGCAGCUGUAUUAGCUUCAAAAGCUUUUUUCUAUUUCAGUGUUGCCCGCUCUCACAAUUUUAGGUGGCUAUUUUUGAAGUUCUUAUUCCCAAAUUUCUCUAAACCAAUGGGAGUAUCAUUUUAUAUUUGAGAAAAGAGUUAAUUUUCAAACUUUUCUAGUUGACAGAAAGUCUGUAAAUAUGAAUCCUAAAAACAGUAACAGGAAAAGGUAAAUUAAAAUAAAUGCAUAUGUUUGUUAAUAUUGCAUGAUAUU